AUGGAGAGUGCAAUUGGAGAAAAUGGUUUGUCUCUAGAUGAUAAUACAAAACAUAGAACAUCAGGACAGGAAGUUAAAAACAAUGUAGACAGUGUAUCAAAGGGAACAAACAAGAGUGUUGAACUAGAAAAGAAAGAAGAUAAUUCACUACAAACACCAGAUCAGUGUAAACAAAACAGUGAAGAUGGAGAUUCAGAGAAAAAAGAGAAUAAAGUGUUUAGAAGAGCUACAACUGGAAAAAGGAGUAAUAGUGAGAUGUACCAAAAAUCUAAAGACUCGCAGCUGCUUAGUCCACAUGUCCUUCUGAAAAGGGUAAAAAUGACCUCACUUCUAAAACCAGCUCCUAUUCAAGUAGAAGACGGCUGUGUUCAGGGUACCACAAGUGAACUUGAAGAGACUCUCCCCAUACCAGCUCCCUCUGUCCAAGUUAAAGACAGUGGUUCUCAGAGUUCCCCAAAUAAAGGGAAAGAGACACUUCUAAAACCAGCUCCUACUACCCCAGCAGAAGACAGCUGUUCUCAUGCUCCCUCAGAUAAAGAGGAAGAGAAACUUUCAAAACCAGGUACUUCUAUCCAAGAAAAUGAUAGGUGUUCACAGGGUCCCCCAAGUAAUCAGGGAGAGACUGUCCCAAAACCAUCUCCUUCUAUCCAAGUCAAUGAUAGUGGAUCUCGUGGUCCCCCAAGUAAUCAGGGAGAGACUGUCCCAAAACCAUCUCCUUCUAUCCAGGUCAAUGACAGCGGUUCUCGUGAUCCCCCAAGUGAACAGGGUGACUUGGAGACUCUCCCAAAACCAUCUACUUCUAUCCAAGUCAAUGACAGCGGUUCUCGUGGUCCCCCAAGUAAACAGGGAGACUCGGAGACUCACCCAAAACCAGCUACUGUCCAAGAUGAAGACAGUGGUUGUCAGGAAACUCCAAGUAAAGAUGGAGAAACAUCGACCUGUGUAAAAGAUGACAAAAUAAUCGCUUUAGAAGAGCUGAAAGUUUCAAACAAAGUUAACAGAAUGUCAAAGAGAGGAAAAGAGGUUACAGAAUCAGAGAUCGAGAGAAUGUUAGAGGAUUUCAGUUCAAAUCUUGGUGAGGAAUCUCGGGAGACAUCAUACACAGUAAGUGAGUUUAGUGAGCUACAGAAAACCAAGCUGAAGUAUGGAACGAAUGCAUCAAAUCUCAUACGAAGCAUCAGAAGAACUAUAUUCCAGGCAGUCAAAUGCUGCAAAAAACUGAACGAGAUCGCAUAUGAUAUUGGGGAUUAUUAUCUGGGCAUGGUUGUUGUUUGGGAAAGGAAUAGCUCUAUCAAGACUGUUGGCAAUAAAGCAUUACUGAAAAAGGUCGCAAAGGUCCUGAGUCCCCCCUGCUGUAACCAUGGUGAUAAAUGUGUCUCCACAUCUUCUCAGGCAGAUGAAGGUCAUUCCUCUCAAAAUUUUGCUGAGAGUGGAAGUGAAGAAAAUUGUCUGUCUGUAGAAGAUAAUACCAAACACAAAACAUCAGAACCGGAAGUAGGAAAUAAUGUAGACAAUGUAUCAAAGGGAACAGAUAAUAGUGUUGGACUAGUAGGGAAAGAGAAAGAAGAAAAUUCACUACAAACACCAGAUCAAUGUAAACAAAACAAUAAAGAUGGAGAUUCAGAGAAAAAAGAGAACGAAAAUAAAGUGUCUGGAAAAGAUACAACUAGGAAAAGGAGUAAUAGUGAGAAGUACCGAAAAUCAGAGCUAAGCCCACAUGUUCUCCUUAAAAGGGUAAAAAUGACCUCACUUCUAAAACCAGCUCCUAUUCAAGUUGAAAACAGUUGUGUACAGGGUACCCCAGGAGGACUUGAAGAGACUCUUCCAAAACCAGCUCCUUCAGUCCAAGUUAAAGACGGUUCUCAGAGUUCCCCAAAUAAAGGGGAAGAGACACUUCUAAAACCAGCUCCUACUGUCCAAGAUAAAGACGCCUGUUCUCAGGGCCUCCCAAACAAACGGGGAGAGACUCUCCCAAAACCAGCUCCUACUGUCCAAGAUAAAGACAACUGUUCUCAGGGCCUCCCAAAUAAAUGGGGAGAGAUUCUCCCAAAACCAGCUAAUGUGCAAGUGAAUGACAGCUGUUCUCAAGGUACCCUAAGUAAACAGGGAGAGACUCUCCCACAACAGGCUUUUUCUAUCCAAGUGAAAAACAACCUCUUCCAAAAUAAGCAGGGAGACACAUUGACCUGUGUGAAAGAUGGUAAAAUAAUCUCUUUAGAAGAGCUGAAAAAGCAAGUAGAGUUAGCAUUAAACUCUCCAAAUGCUAAAGCUCCUAAAUUUUAUCUACAGAAAUCACCCAGCAGUGUUAGAGGAAAAACAACUGAAAAUUUCAACAAAGCAAUUAUCUCUUCUUCAAAGGAAUCGGAGAAAGUCAUAAGUGUACAGACACGAACAUUACCUCUACUGACACAGACAUUACCUCUACAGACACAAAGAUUUCCUCUACAGACACAAAGAUUUCCUCUAAAGCAGCCAAUAGUUCCAGUUGCCCUCAGAACAGUGGCAAACAUUAAUACGCCACAACUUGGGAAAAACACUGGAAAUAAAUCUGUAAUUCCUCCUUCAGCAGUCAGCUUUGGGGGUCACUCCCAAGUUCUCCCUGUUUCAGUCUUUAUCAACCACCACACGGGAGAAAUCAUUACUACACCUAUCAAGAUUGGAAGUCUGGCUGCUGAAAGUGACACUACGAACUCAACUCAGUUCAAUAAUGUUUCUGAAUUGGCAGCAGCUAAAGCUCAGUUCAAUAAUGUUUCUGAAUUGCCAGCAGCUAACACUCAAAAGGAAUCAAUUCAGUUCAGUAAUGUUUCUGAUUUGCCAGCAGCUCAUGCUCGGAAGAACUCAACUCAGUUCAAUAAUGUUUCUGACUUGGCAGCAGCUAAUGCUCAGAAUUCACGUGAACUCGAGUGUGUGUCUGACUCGGUCACAGAAAGUUGUUCGUCAGAAGAAGAUGAGCUAAAGUACUCCAUUAUUUUACAAAAGGAAACUGAUACAGGGGAGUAUAAAAUGUAUAAAGUACCUAUUUCUAACACAGACGUACAGACCCAAGAGGACAUUCUCCCAGAACAAGAGAGUGAUGAAGGUGUUGUUGUGAAAUGUGAGCCAAUUGAAGAAUCUUCUCAAAUUACUCUUCAGUCACAUAACCAGAGUGGUGUCAUUGCUCUUCAUUCACAAGAACAGAGUGGUAUCAAUGCUUCUCAUUCACAAAGCCAAAGUGGUAUGACUUCACUUCAUUCACAAAACCAGAGUGGUAUCUCUCCUAGAGAAACCAGUGAAAUGGAUGGAGGCAACAUCAUUGUGAAAAGUGAACCAGAGGAACUGAGUAUAUCAUCACAUCAUAUGAAUACAAACAUCAACAAAUAUAAAAAUCCAGAAAGGAAGGAUAGGCCGAUCACCAAGGGGCAAACUCCAAAGAUAGUAGAGUGUCCAUACGAAUAUGCUCUAUUAAUGGACUCUGUUCCCAAGAAAAAAAAAGAUCACACUGUGACAUUCUCACACAACUGUAAAACAUGCUGGAAAUCCUUCAAAUAUGCCAGCUCCUUAGAGGUUCACGAGCGAAUGCAUGCCGUAGAGAAGGUGAAACAACAUCGGUGUUACAUUUGUGGAAGAACCUGCGCAGUUGCUCGGAGCCUAGAAAUUCAUAUGAGGACACACAAAGAGCCGACAGACAAGUCUGAAAACACAUUCAAGUGUUUUAAAUGUGAUGAGAGCUUUUUCCACCAGGAGAGUUUCCAGGUACACAUGAGGAUGCAUGUACACAAGUAUCUCUCCUACUGUACAAAGUGUGGUGAGGGCUUCCACCAUCAACAUUUACAGAGACACAUGAGAAUUCAUGAAGGACAAAGAGAAAAGAAUGAAUCAGUCAACACAGCAUCUGCCACAAAUCAGCCGACGACGAUUCUUACUGACCAGGGAACUCCAGAGGAGGAUGUUGAAUACAAGAGAAAAAGGCAAAAGAGGAGGGUGAUUGUAGACGAUUACAACAGAGGGUUAAUCCCUACCGAGAUAAUGAAGCGACAGUUCAGGGAUACGUCUGAUAUCACAGGCCACAUAGAAUACGCUCCCCCAACCAAAAAACUCAUGCACUUAAAGGAAAGAGGUGACUGGGAGAGACUGCUGUCCUGUCCUGGAAGACCCAGUGUGUCCCAGACUGCUUCUAAGUCAUUUUCUCGGAAUCUUAUCACACAGACGAUAGACCUAGGAGAAGCACCUGACCCUGAUAAUUUAGAUCUAGAAGCCUUCGAUUCCCCCAUGGAGCAACAAGGAACAUCUCUGGAGGUAACUAGCAUCAAGCAAGAACCUACAGAUAACCAGAUAGAAUUUACAGCUACCAUACAAACAGAACAACCUUCAAAUGACCAGGCAGAGUUAACAACUACCAUACAAACAGGUCAGAGAGAGACUGAGUCUCCAAUAUCUCUUAAACUGGAGCCAUUACCAUACUCUGAAUCGGACCCUUCAUAGAACAGUCCAACGAAUUCUCAGUCUUCCAGCAGCUUAAUACAGACUUCUACGAAUUACAGAGGUAUUAGGCGGCUAUGAUGAACAUACUGAUAGAUCAAGACAGAACCUGUGUUCUCUAAGCCCUCUACUGGUGUGCCACCUUAAUCCAGUCCCUUCUAUAUCAACAUACAGAUAGAUCAAGACAGAACCUGUGUUCUCUGAACUCUCUACUGGUAUCCCACCUUAAUAUACUCCCGUCUAUAUCAACAUACAGAUAGAUCAAGACAGAACCUGUGUUCUCUGAACUUUCUACUGUUAUCCCACCUUAAUAUCAACAUACAGAUAGAUCAAGACAGAACCUGUGUUCUCUGAACUCUCUACUGGUAUCCCACCUUAAUAUACUCCCGUCUAUAUCAACAUACAGAUAGAUCAAGACAGAACCUGUGUUCUCUGAACUUUCUACUGUUAUCCCACCUUAAUAUCAACAUACAGAUAGAUCAAGACAGAACCUGUGUUCUCUGAACUCUCUACUGGUGUCCCACCUUAAUAUCAACAUACAGAUAGAUCAAGACAGAACCUGUGUUCUCUGAACUCUCUACUGGUGUCCCACCUUAAUAUCAACAUACAGAUAGAUCAAGACAGAACCUGUGUUCUCUGAACUCUCUACUGGUGUCCCACUUUAAUCCACUCCCGUCUAUAUCAACACUAUGCAUGGAUCAAAUUCUGGGAAAAAAUUGACAGCUGUAGAAAAUGAAAGUGAAAAAGAAAGUCCUCAUCAAGAACUUGGGAGAUGAUGCAAUACUAUUACAUGUUACAAAUUAUGAUCAUAUAUGAAAAGAAAAACAACAAUUGCUUUAAGCUUCAAAGAAAAUUCCAGUGGCCACUUGGAGGAGAAUGUAUAUUAAUGUAUUUACAGUUUUUGUGUUGUUGGGAUGUAUAAAUCUCAAUCAAAUCAUGGUGCUUGAUGUACAGAGAUAGUAUAGACAUUUAGAUUUUGGAAAUUGCAUAACAGUCUUCUUCCAUACAUAAGAUAAAGACAACAGAUAAAGUGAUUGAUAAAAAUCUUUAAAAUUAAAAAUAAAAAUUUUAUUGUUCAAA